CUGCUAGUAGCGCAUGCUAACGUAUACCAUUUGUAUAAUAAUGAAUUUCGUGGAGCCCAGGGUGGUCAGAUCGGUAUAACAUUAAGUACCCCUUGGACUGAACCUGAAUCGGAGAAAGACAUGGAAGCUGCUGAAGAUGUCAUACAAUUUGAGUGGGGUCUUUAUGCAAAUCCAAUAUUUUCGGAAUCUGGAGAUUAUCCGUCAGUCGUGAAAGAAAGGAUAGCAAUGAAGAGUAAGGAACAAGGAUUCCCAAGAUCACGAUUACCACAAUUCACUCCGGAGGAAGUAGAUUUAAUAAAAGGAAGCUCUGACUUCUUUGGAUUGAACCAUUAUACAACUAACAUUGUUUAUAGAAACGAAUCUGUCAAUGGGUAUUAUAGUUCGCCAUCUUUUUCUGACGAUGUCGAAGUGAUAAGUUAUCAAGAGGAUUCCUGGGAUUCAGGUGCUUCAGUUUGGUUGAAGCGUGUACCCUGGGGUUUUUAUAAUUUAUUAUCAAAAAUACGGAAGGACUACAACAAUCCACCAGUUUACAUCACUGAGAAUGGAUUCUCAACCCGAGGUGGUCUAGUUGACGAUGAUCGCAUAAAGUAUUACAGAACAUACAUUGAUGCCAUGCUCGAUGCUAUUGAAGACGGAUCAGAUAUAAGAGUUUACGCAGCGUGGAGUUUGAUGGACAAUUUUGAAUGGGGUAAUGGAUACAGCAUACGUUUCGGACUAUACGAGGUGGAUUACGAGAGUCCUGAACGCACCCGCACUCCUCGCAAGUCUGCUUACGUGUACAAGGAGAUGCUGAGGACACGGACACUGGACUAUCAUUAUGAACCUGAUAUGAGCCUGAGAAUUGAUGGCGAAGAGAACUAA